AUGGAUAAAGUACGUGUAGAAUCAUUCGAUUUGAAAGGAGUGAAAAUCAAGACAACUGUGAUUGAUAUACCAAAUAGCAAGGCCAUUGAUGAGCAUAUAUCGUCUCUGUUGCAUUCUGCAAGUGAGAAUAGAACCAAGGUAAUAGGGUUUGAUAUCCAAUAUUAUCUCAUAGGUGACACAUACAGUAAAUAUAGACGUAAUUGUUACGAGUCCAGAUGCGCUAAUCUGAACUUUUGUGUUGGACAAUCUUGUCUUAUUAUUAGGUUGAAAUGUGACUACCCUUUAAAUUUGAAAUAUAGCGUGACAAGCUCCUUUAAUUCAGUGCUUAAUCUUCUUUCUCUGCCGGAUUAUACCUUUGUGGGCGUUGGUAUCAAACAUAACUUGGCAAAGUUGGAGCAGCAGUAUGGGAUUGGAUGCAUGAAUGCAGUUGAACUUGGACCGUUGGCUGCUAGUAUUAUGAAUAAGCCUCGUCUGAGUUAUUGUGGCGUUGAUGAAUUAGCUUUUGUGGUCAAUAAUCUUGAUUUAAGGAAGCAUAGGCCUCUAAGCAUGAACUAUGAUUGGGGUUGCAAUCCCCUUAGCAUAGAACUUGUUAAACUUGCUACCGUUUAUGUUUACUCUUACUACAAGAUUGGAAGUACAUUGCUUGCUUGGGAUUCAUCAAUUCCACCUGAGCCAAGCUUUGAUGAAUAA